AUGGAUUCCCUGGGACAUAGGAACCACACUGUAGUGACAGACUUCAUUUUACUGGGCUUAACUGAUGAUCCAGUCCUUCAGGUCAUCCUCUUCAUGAUCAUCUUAUACAUCUACCUGGUGACCAUAUGUGGCAAUCUCAGCACAAUCAUUCUUAUCAGAAUCUCUUCUCAGCUCCAUCAUCCUAUGUACUUUUUUCUGAGCCACUUGGCUUUUGCUGACAUAUGCUUUUCAACUUCUGUCACACCCAAUAUGCUUGAAAACUUCCUAAUGGAGAGAGAUCUAAUCUCCUAUCAUGGAUGUGUCAUGCAGCUUGGUUCAACUGCUGUCUUUGGGACAGUUGAAUGCUUCCUUCUGGCUACAAUGGCAUAUGAUCGCUUUGUGGCAAUCUGCAACCCACUCCUUUAUUCAACCAAAAUGUCCACUCGAGUCUGUGUUCAGUUCCUCAUAGUGGCUUAUGUGGGUGGUUUUCUCAAUGCGUCCUCCUUUAUUACUUGCUUCUAUUUUUUGUUCUUCUGUGGACCAAAUCAUGUCAACCAUUUUUUCUGUGAUUUUGCUCCUCUAGUGGAACUCUCCUGUUCUGAUGUCAGUCUCCCAGAAGUUGUCCCCUCAUUUACAUCUGGCUCCAUCAUUGUGCUCACAGUGUUUGUCAUAGUUGUCUCCUACAUCUACAUCCUUAUCACCAUCCUGAAGAUGCGCUCCAACGAGGGGCGCCACAAGGCCUUCUCCACCUGCUCAUCCCACCUCACAGCAGUCACUCUGUUCUAUGGGACCAUCACAUUCAUAUAUGUGAUGCCCAAGUCCACCUUCUCAAGUGACCAGAACAAAGUGGUGUCUGUGUUCUACACAGUGGUGAUUCCCAUGCUGAACCCCAUCAUCUAUAGCCUCCGGAACAAUGAAAUUAAGGGUGCUCUGAAAAGAGUGCUUUGCAAAAAAGUAUUUUCUUAG